AUGAACCAGGGACGCCUAGGAGAAUUGGGGUUAGGUAUUCCGGGAAACUUUGAUGAUGAUAAUCAAGAAAACGUGAAUAACCCGGAAAAUGUGAAUAACCCAUGGAACCCAAAUAACCAAGGAGUACUGCCAGUUGUUCCCGCAAGACCAGUCUGUGAUGUGGCAGUCCCACUUACAGCCAACUUGGCAUCCAUUAUUAGGAAACCUUCACCGGGGGGUAGAUUUGAACUAAAGGAGAGAAUGGUACAGAUCCUCCAUACUAAUGGGCAAUUCACUGGUCUUCCCCACGAGGAUCCUCAAAUCCAUCUUAGGACCUUCAUAGACAUCACCAAUUCAUACAUCCCAAUUGGAGUCUCAUCAGACUUUGUAAGGUUGACUUUGUUCCCAUACUCAUUGUUAGGAGACGGAAGACGUUGGUUAGGCUCUGAGCCACCAAACUCCAUCACCACUUGGGAUGAUCUAGCAAAGAAGUUCAUGAGUAGAUUUUCUCCAUCCAAGAAAACUACGAAGUUAAGGGGGAAGAUAAUAAACUUUGUUCAAAAACAAGGGGAAGUCAUGUACCAAGCAUGGGCACAUUUCAAACAAAUGUUGAUUGCUUGCCCAAACCACAUGCAAACCAAUGAGGUACUUGCUCACACUUUCUUUGAAGGCUUAGAUUAUAAUGCUCGUUCUCUUCUUAAUAGUGCAGCAGGUGGACAAGCCCUAUCCAUAACAAGUGAAGAGUUCUUCGCCCUACUUGAUAAACUUUCAGAAGGAAAACAAGGGUAUGAGGGGGAAAUGUCUAGAACCCCCACCCAAAAGGCUGCAGGGAUCUUAGAUGAAGCAAAUUGGUGUGAGGUAUGUGGUACUGGAACUCAUGAAACCGAACAAUGCGAGGCAAACCCGGAUUCCGUAAACUAUGUGGGUAAUGCGCAAAGGGGUGGAGUGCAACAAAAUUAUGGUAAUACUUACAACCCUAGUUGGAAGAACCAUCCUAACUUCUCAUGGGGUGGGAACCAAAACCAAAAUCAGGCGAAAUGGAUUAACCAAUACCGUUCUCAAGGGGCUAGGCAACAAUACUACAAUCCUAUCCAAAGCUCAAAUUCUAGUGCACCAAAAGGGGGGAUGACAAAUGAAGAUCUAUUUCAAAAGCUCAUGAUUGAAAUAAGGACCAAAUUAAAUGCUAGAAUAGAUAAGCAGGAUGAGAACAUUAGAAACAUCCAGAUGUCUCAAAUGAGUUUAGAGAAACAAGUUGCGCAAGUGGCAAAUUCUUUGAACUUGUGUCCCCAAGGCGGGCUGCCUGGUGAUACUGAGCCAAAUCCAAAGCAAUUUCAUGCGGUAAGUACUAGAAGUGGGUUGCAAUUAGAGGAACUAGCUCCUAAGAAAAGAGACAUUGAGGUAUCAAACAAAGAAAAUAAGGUGGAAGAGGUAGUAAAAAGCUCCAAUAUUGAGGGUAUCCCGAAGUAUGCUAAAUACGUGAAGGAUAUAGUGGCCAGCAAGAGGAGACUCACUGAAUAUGGAACUGUAGCACUUACUGAGGAGUGCAGCUCAAGGAUCCAAAACAGACUACCCACAAAGUUAAAAGAUCCGGGUAGUUUUACUGUGCAGAUUACAAUUAGGCAAAGUGUUCAUGCCCGGGGGUUGUGUGAUUUGGGGGAAAGUAUAAAUUUAAUGCCUCUAUCUUUGUAUCAAAAGCUUGGGUUAGGUAGUCCAAAGCGAACCACUGUUAUUCGCAUACUUGCAGAUAGAUCCAUUGCUAGGCCAGAGGGGGUGGUAGAAGAUGCGUUAGUGCAAGUAGGUUCAUUGAUUUUUCCGGUAGAUUUUGUGGUCUUAGACUUUGAACCAGAUUCUGAAGUUCCAUUCAUUUUGGGACGACCUUUCUUGGCCAUGGGUAAGGCAUUGAUUGAUGUAACAUCUGUUUAA